UUCCGUUCCCGGGUGGAAACAAAAAUGGCGGCCCUGGCGUCGGUCGUUACCUAGGCUCGCAAGACAAGUUUUCACCUCAAAGUUGCUGCAUUUUCGCUCACUUCUCAAGCGCAUAGACAGUGUUCUCAGAUCAGGCAGGUCUUCUGGAUUUGAAACUCAGCGCUGCAGGGAGCUGAAAGAGUAACAGGUAGUUGUUGAGUUGAUGUAAACAGACCUGUGUGCAGGAGGGACCAAUCAGAGUGCCUACAUGGCCUGUGCACAGGAGACAGGCACUGCUUCAUUCCACAGAUUCCCAAGGGACAUUACUGUAAGGGACAUGGCAUCGCCUCCGAAGGGGAACGUUUGUAUCACGGAGUACGCAGAGGACGUCAUCAACCCAGAACCAAUCAUGAUCGAGGACUCUGAGGAACUGGUGGACGAGUACCUUUCCCCUGGCAGAUUGAAAGCGUUAACUGGAGUGGAAGACUUGGAUGAAGUCCAAACUUUGGAGAUGGCUGUUGAUACCAGGGAAAACAGCCUGGGGAACUUUGGUUCCCUGCUGCCCAAGCUGCAGCAGCUGCGGCUAAACAACAGUGUGAUAGCGUCUGUGCGUGACCUGGGCACGUCCCUGCGCUACCUGCAGGUGCUGUGGAUGGCCAGGUGUGGGCUGCAGGACCUGGACGGAAUCAGCUCCAUGUCUGCUCUCAGGGAGCUGUACCUGGCCUACAAUGACAUCAGUGAUGUGUCCCCCUGUAGUCUGCUGGAGGAACUGCAGGUUCUAGAUCUGGAAGGAAAUAACAUAGAUGAUGUGGCCCAGGUGGAGUUUUUAGCCCUGUGUCCUAAACUGACCACCAUGACACUGGAGGGGAACCCUGUGUGUCUGGCUCCUAACCCUGAUGCUGAGAACAACGACAUGUAUGACUACCGAGGGACCAUCAAACAGUCCGUCCCCACCCUCCUGUAUCUGGAUGACGAGCCGCUGUCCAGCCGCGGCACAGGUCUGUCCAAACCCACCAGUCUGAGCGCAGAACGACUGGUCGUUAACGAGUCCAUCAAGGAGAGUUUGGGGUCAAACGAGGACAUCGAUGAUGGAGAAGGCAGACCGUUGUCGGGGUCCAGUAGACCAGGUUCUGCCUGGAGGCCGGGGUCAGCGAGACCGGGGUCAGCCAGACGGAGACCAGACUCCGCCAUAGCCAGGUUAGGGACGGCGGCGCGACCGGCCACAGCCGCCCGGCCCGGUACAGCAGGCAGACCUGGUACAGCUGCAGCCGGCGCACAGAGGCCGGAAACUGCAGGAUCAGAGGAGUUUGCUCUAGAUGAAGAGCUCAGUGAUCUGACCAGAGGAGAAGUAAUAUGUGGCCUUCCCAGCAGAGGACUCAAGUCCAGGAAAGGAAAGCUCCCCACAGGCCUGUCAGCCCUCCCCACAGUGGAACAGAUCCAGGCCUCCCCCUUCAGUCACCUGCUCCACAGACCUGAGCACACCUAUGAUGAGGCCUUUGACGCUGACGUGUCCAAGGAAGAUCUGUUCGCCGAGCUGAAGGCAUGGAGGCAGGAGUAUGAAGGGAAAAUCAAGCAGAGGUAUGUUGAGAUGCGGGAACCACAGGUGUUGAAGAUUUCCCACGACGAAGCCGCGGACGUCGAGGACGGCUCCGACGCUUCUGUCUCGGACGACGACGUCGAACUUCCCGUUGACGAAGACUCGCAGUUGUACCUCCGCUCGCAGUCCCCGGUCCACGUGCCCUCCCCUCCCUCCUCUUCUCCUGUCUACCGCCCCUCCCCACCCCCCUCCUCACCCACGCAUCGACCCUCCCCACCCCCCUUAUCUCCCACACACCAUCCCUCCCCACCCCCUAGAUCACCCCAAGGUCCCCCUCCCUCACAAAGGCUUCCCUCCAAACUGUCGAGCGACGGCGUAGUCAGACCACGCACUGCCGCUGACUUCCGAGUGCGGCGAUACCGGCCGCGUACAAAGGAGGAAACCGACGUGGAAAGAUUGAGAUCGUCAGCGCCAAAUGAAGACACGAGGCCGCCGUUACCCGAGGAAAGGUCACAGGUCAGAGAUGGAAGAGCGCCGGGGAGAGAGCAGGGAACGAGAGCGAAAAAUAUUGUGUCUUCACCCGAGGAGGACACGGGAAGUGCCCAGCCUGGGCCGGCUGGACGGACUAGAACAUACAGUUCUGACGACAGUGUGGACGGACAGGGCGCCAGGAGACCGUCUCCUCGCCGCAACCGCAAGAGUCGGGAGCAGCGUCAGCUCAUCUACGAGCGGGAAGACGCCAGGCUUAGCGAAAACCCGGCAAAAACAGAAAAACCAGCUGCUAGACCUGCCCGGACCCCGCCGACUGAAGUCAACCCCACCCAGCCGGUCAUCCGGUCCACCCACACCCCGCCCCGGCGCCAGCUCCCCGCCGUCCCCCGCCCCGCCACCGCACGCGCUGCCAUGAUGUCACAGAGAUUACCCAACCGCCUGCCCAGCAAGAGCAAACCUCCGUCAUAAGG